CAGCUAAAUGUUUAGCGUUGUUGUAAAGCGCUAGCCCAGCUGCUGCCUCACCUCGUUUCUGCUUCACCACUUGAACAUUCUGUUACUAAACUCCAAUCAAAAGGAUAAUCAGCAUGAAUCAGGAAAAACUCGCCAAACUUCAGGCUCAAGUGCGGAUAGGAGGAAAGGGAACAGCCCGCAGAAAGAAGAAGGUGGUUCACAAAACGGCAACAGCAGAUGACAAAAAACUCCAGGGCUCAUUGAAGAAACUGGCAGUGAACAACAUCGCAGGAAUAGAGGAGGUGAACAUGAUUAAAGAUGAUGGCACGGUGAUCCACUUCAACAACCCCAAAGUGCAGGCGUCUCUGUCCGCUAACACUUUCGCCAUCACUGGCCACGCUGAGACAAAGCAGCUGACGGAGAUGCUCCCCGGAAUCCUAAGCCAGCUCGGGGCCGACAGCCUCUCAAGCCUGCGCAAACUGGCAGAGAGCUUCCCACGGCAAGCCAUGGACAUGAAGGCGGUUAAGGAACAGAUCAUAGAAGAGGAUGAGGACGAUGUACCAGAUCUCGUGGAGAACUUUGAUGAAGCCUCUAAGAAUGAAGCCAACUGAUGUUUCUUUCUUGACCCUCUGAAUUCGUUGCUCAGUCGGACUCACACUAACGGCAUUUUCUCCCACGGGGGAAAAAAAACAACAACAGAAGCAGCAGUCCUUAAAGGUGCAGUGCACUUUCCUCUGGACGUGACUCACUUUGGCCAAAUCCCUUUUCAUUUCUGCUGCUCCGUGGACAUAUCACUCAGAGACUAUAUUUUAUCACUAUAUUAAAGGAAGGUCCAGAUUUACAAUAGCAGUUUUCAAAUGUUUGGACACCAUUUUCUAAUCUAUGAAAAAAUCUAACUUUUAAUUUGAAAUGCUGACUCAAAAUAUGUAAAAUGACUACUUAAGAACAAAAAGCAAUGACUGAAACAGGACUGAAUCGGGAUCAAACCAGGUUUAAGCCAGGUCUAAACCAAGAACUUGGACUGAAACAAUAUUUAACAGUAGUCUCCAAAAAUCUAAUAUCUAGAGAAGAAAAAUGGAAUUGAAAAUUGCCUGCGAAAAAUUCCCAGAAGUGUCUAAACUUUUGAUUUGUACUGCUUCUUCUAUAAAGGAAUGCAUUGUUUUCAGUAUAAUCCACAUAAAUACCACAAUAGUUUAAAUUACUGGACCAGUUACCCGUUCUGUAGAUCACUCCAUGCAUUUUACAUUACAAGAUUACUACAAGAUAUUAAAUGAAAACUUGAGAAAUCAUAAUAAUAUGGGUGAAAUAAAGCAUUUUGAGCUAAUAAGAAUUUUAAGAUUUUUUUUCCUGAAUGAUUUAAAAGAACAAGUAAUCUACCAUCUACAGUAUUGAAGUAAUGGGCAAGGUCUUUUUACGUCACAUAUUUGUACUUGAUGCUUGUUUAUAAAUAGAAUAAACACACGUAGCCUCUAAUGUUG